CAACAACUGAUAAAAUGUUUUAGGGUCUGAGCGGCGGAGUCAAACCCAGCGACAGACGUGUCAACAAGAGCGAAGAGCGACCAGACUUCUGAUAUUCUUCCAGCAGUUUUCUAUCUUGGAUAUUAUUUUACAUAUCAUUGAGGAGGAUUUGCGUCUCUAGUGUGUGUGUGUAUGUUUUUGUGUGCGUCGAAGUUGACUUUCAGGGAAAGUGACACUUUCUGGAACGUCUUCAGGCUAACUGGAGAGAUAAAACAGCAUUAGCCUGAGCCACAAGUGGAGCAUUUACACACUCAUCUUCUAGAUAAAGUUCACUCUUUGUCGCUUUUUCAGCGUGCGAAGAGUGAAAAACAAGAGUUAUGGCCGCCUUAGCAGGGGGCAUUCCCCGGAUGAUGCGCCCCACGCCACCCCAGAACUAUCCAAGAGGAGGCUACUCUCUAGAAGUUUCCACGCCGUUAGGACAGGGUCGUGUAAACCAACUCGGCGGCGUGUUCAUCAACGGGCGCCCACUGCCCAAUCACAUCCGCCACAAGAUCGUGGAGAUGGCGCACCACGGCAUCAGGCCCUGUGUCAUCUCUCGCCAGCUGCGUGUGUCUCACGGCUGCGUCUCCAAGAUCCUGUGCCGCUACCAGGAGACCGGAUCCAUUAGACCAGGAGCUAUCGGGGGCAGCAAGCCCAAGCAAAACUCCAGUCCCGACCUGGACAAAAAGAUCGAGGAGUACAAGCGGGAGAACCCGGGCAUGUUCAGCUGGGAGAUCCGGGACAAGCUGCUGAAGGAUGGAGUGUGUGACAGAAACACUGUGCCCUCAGUAAGCUCCAUCAGCCGCAUAAUGCGCUGUAAAUUUGGCGCGAAUGGAGAAGACGAGGAGGACGACGAUGAGAUCGAAAAGAGGGAAAUGGAAGAGAACGAAAGGAGAGCAAAACACAGCAUAGAUGGCAUUUUGGGAGACAGAUCGAGUCAUUCGGACGAGGGUUCAGACGUGGACUCAGAGCCGGGCCUGCCGCUAAAGAGGAAGCAGCGGCGCAGUCGCACGACGUUCACCGCCGAGCAGCUGGAGGAGCUGGAGAGAGCGUUCGAGCGCACACACUACCCUGACAUCUACACGCGAGAGGAACUCGCGCAGAGGGCCAAACUCACUGAGGCUAGAGUGCAGGUGUGGUUCAGCAACAGACGAGCUCGUUGGAGGAAGCAGGCAGGAGCCAAUCAGCUAAUGGCAUUCAAUCACCUGAUCCCCGGAGGAUUCCCACCAUCGGCCAUGUCAAGCCUGCAGCCUUAUCAGUUACCGGAGAGUCCCUACCCCACAUCCUCCCUUUCACAAGUAUCAGAGCAGCCCAGCACUGUCCACAGGCCUCAGCCCCUUCCACCCACCUCAGUGCACCAGAGUGGGCUUGCCUCGGCAGCGGGGGCCCAGGACGGAAGCUCGGCCUACUGUCUGUCCUCUGGACGCCACAGCUUCUCUGGCUACUCAGACAGCUUCGUCCCUCCACCCAGCCACUCCAGUCCGGUCAACCCCACCAUCGGCAAUGGCCUUUCAUCACAGGUGAUGGGUCUGUUGAACCCCGGAGGCGUUCCUCACCAGCCACAGGGAGACUUCGCCCUCUCCCCGCUGACCGGAACUCUGGAGCCAAGUGCAGGAAUGGCUGCCAGCUGCCAUUCAUCUCAGAGACUGGAGCCUCUGUCUGGCUUGGCUAGCAUGCCCUCCCUGCCCAACUCACAGUCCUACUGCCCGCCCAGCUACAGUUCACCAGCCUACACCGUGGACCAUGUGGCCCCAUACCAGUACAGCCAGUAUGGGCAAAGUAAGGUGCCUUUCAUUAUCUGAAGCCCAACAUCAGCUGAGCAGGAAGAAGCAGGCAGGAGAAGAGAGCAGAAGUGUUAGAGGAGGAAAGCUCUUCACAGUUUGAGGGAAACCACCUGCUCUUCAACCUAUUUCCUGACCUUCGACCUCCACUUCCAGCAUUGCCUUCCCACAGUCUCCCUUGGGCAACGCUUCCAGCAUCGGGACCGCUCGGAUUCGGAUCCGGCUCUGCCUCCCCCCAACCCACACCGGGUCAUUGCUGACCAGGGCUUAAGGGGGUGGGUGAGUGAUUUGGGUUCAAGUGUGGAAAAUAAAGGACCAAAGGCCCUCUGUGCUCUGGGCUCAGGACUCCACACCAUACUUCCAAACAAAUCUCGACCAUUCCCAAAGAACGCCAUGUGAGCAACGCAACGAGGAAAGACAUUGGAUGAGAGGACUCUGAAAAAAAGUAUAAGAAAUUGACUUUUAUAGACUGUGUAUUUAACCUGUAAUGAACAGCAGGGAAACAUGUGGGACCAGUUGCCUUUCUAUUAAAGGAACGGACAAUUCAGUGGUACCAGUGACAGUGUCUACAGUGGUGCCACACGUGAUGGUGGUGCCAGGUUAGGAGGACCAUUUAAAAAAAAAAGUAUGACAUCAUGUGAUCAGUGUGCUGUUUGAUUCUUUAUGUGUUCGGGGAAAGAAGGGCUCUGUUUGGGUGCAUCUUCUGCAUAAUUAUCAAUAAAUGACAUACAGCAAUACAGCAUUUCAGUAUGAAGUUUCAGAAGCUCUGUGUGGAAAUAGAAGAGCAAUAAAGAACAAGGUGGCUGGUAUGCACUCAACCGCCCAAUGGAAUUUCAGACAUAGUAAAAGCCAAUAGUCAAAAGUGAAAGUGCCAGAACAACAUAAGAAAGAAUGUGAUGCUCACACACACACAGCUGAUGAUUAACAGCAGUAUUUUAACAGGAAGUUAAGCAUAUUUUCCAUUUAGGUUCUAUUAAAACAGUGAGGCUUUGGAGAACAAACUUUUUUAUUAUUGGAGAAAGGGACGAGUGAAAGAGAGAGUAAAAUCUGAAACCCAAAGAAAGUGCAAUAUACACAAUCUAUACCUCAUACACACUGAUCUUUUUAUCUUAAAAACUACCACACAACUUGUGACGGGGCAAUAAUGAAGUAUUUGCUAACAAACAAGAUGGAACAUUACAGAAAACAUAGCUCAUUUAGCAGAUAGGAUCAUGAACUGAAACUGGAAUUUUCUCUUUUUUGUUGUUCAGGGCUGAGUUCUCCAAAAGAUGAAUCUGAAAUUAUAUACUCCUAAAGAUAAAGGUGCUUCAAAGGAUUCUACCAGAAGAUUUAAACUUGACAAAAAUGUUCAUAAUAUGUUUCAUAGGUAACAAUAACUUUAAGUUAUUGUUGUUGAGGUACGCCCAUUUAUUGUCCCAGAUAGUGGGCUGGACCAAACUGAUGGUGGUGUAGUGAAAGGUAUAGGAAGUGGAAAUAGAGGUAUGGAUAAAACUUAAAAACUAUUUCUUUUAAAGAGACGUGGGAGCUGGUGAUUGGUUGAGGUAACAUAGGUAACAUUUUCCUGGUAGAACCUUCGUUGAAGCAUUUUUGUAUUUAUUUAUUUGAGGUAUACCAUGCAAAAAAAAGAACACAAUGUGUGAGUGUGAAGAGUCUUUAAUAUACGUAAUGAUUUUUUUUACAUCAAUCAGUACUUAAAAAUGUUCUUUACACUCACUUUUACAAGUGGUCCUUCCAUGGCAUUGCUUAUAGAACCAUUUUUAGCACCU